AUCUACAUCUGUAGUCGUUUUGUUGAAAUAUAAAAUAUAUGUCCUGAGUUUAAAUGUUCUUUUGUUUAGCCUUUUUUUUAUAAAUAUUUGUGUAUACAUUUUUUUUUUUCAAAUUAUCUAUAACAGCAAUGUCAGAAAAGAAGUCUAAAGAUGAUAGUCUACUUAUUCGACAUCGACAACUCAUGAAAGAGUAUUUGAAACAAAAACAAGAAAAACCAAAACCUUAUAUUCCUCCAGUGUAUAGAACAGAAAAAGAUAUUAUCGAAGAAAAUCACAAAUUUAUAAGAUCAGAACUUGAUGAUCAAGGAAAUCUAACUUGGGAACAACGAGUUGCCAAAAAGUAUUAUGAUGCAUUAUUUAAAGAAUACGCAAUAUGUGAAUUAAAGUAUUAUAAGGAGGGACGAAUAGCUCUUCGAUGGAGAACGGAAAAGGAAGUUGUAGUUGGGAAGGGACAGUUUAUUUGUGCCUCUACUCGUUGUGAUCAAACGCAGUCACUAAAAAGCUGGGAAGUCAACUUUGGUUACAUUGAAGAGGGUGAAAAGAAAAAUGAACUUGUUAAAGUUCGACUCUGUCCUGAAUGUUCCGACAAAUUGAAUUACAAGACAAAACGAAGACUAGCUAAAAGAAGAAAAGAGAAGGAGCAUGUGGAACAAGAAAAGAAAAAAAGAAGAAAAACGCAUGCAAAAAGUGAAAAUAUUAAUGAAUCAGAUCAAGAAAAAGAUGAUGCAGAAGUACACAAGGGGCUUAGGUUGCAAAGUGAAUCCUCUAUUUGGAGUAAACCUGUUGAAAAUAAGCAAGAAAAAUCAAGGGAGCAAGAAUUUGAAGAUUAUUUUGCUGAUCUAUUACAGUAACGAAAAUAAAAAUAAAAAUAAAAA